GAUCCAAACUACUGGAUACAGGUUCAUCGCCUGGAGCAUGGAGAUGGAGGAAUACUAGACCUGGAUGAUGUCCUCUGUGACGUAGCUGACGACAAAGACAGACUGGUCGCGGUGUUUGAUGAGCAAGAUCCCCAUCAUGGAGGUGAUGGCACCAGUGCCAGCUCCACAGGGACCCAGAGUCCGGAGAUAUUUGGUAGUGAGCUUGGUACCAGCAAUGCUUCUGCCUUUCAGCCUUAUCAAGCAACAAGUGAAAUUGAGGUCACACCUUCCGUUCUUCGUGCAAAUAUGCCUCUUCAUGUUCGUCGGAGCAGUGACCCAGCUUUACUUGGCCUCUCAACUUCUGUCAGUGAUAAUAAUUUUUCCUCUGAAGAACCCUCUAGAAAAAACCCCACCCGCUGGUCAACAACAGCUGGCUUCCUCAAGCAGAACAUCGCUGGUAGUCCCAAAGCCUGUGACAGGAAGAAAGAUGACAACUACAGAAGUCUCCCACGGGAUACUAGUAACUGGUCUAACCAAUUUCAGAGAGACAAUGCCCGAUCCUCUCUGAGUGCCAGUCACCCGAUGGUGGACAAAUGGCUGGAAAAGCAAGAACAGGAUGAGGAUGGGACAGAAGAAGAUAACAGCCGCGUUGAGCCAGUUGGACAUGCUGACACUGGUUUGGAGAAUAUGCCCAACUUUUCUCUGGAUGAUAUGGUAAAGCUCGUACGAGUCCCCAACGAUGGAGGGCCUCUGGGAAUCCAUGUAGUGCCUUUCAGUGCUCGAGGCGGCAGAACCCUGGGGUUGUUAGUAAAGCGACUGGAGAAAGGUGGUAAAGCUGAGCAAGAAAAUCUUUUUCAUGAGAAUGAUUGCAUUGUCAGGAUUAAUGAUGGUGACCUUCGAAAUAGAAGAUUUGAACAAGCACAACAUAUGUUCCGCCAAGCCAUGCGUACACCCAUCAUUUGGUUCCAUGUGGUCCCUGCUUCAAAUAAAGAGCAGUAUGAACAACUCUCCCAAAGCGAGAAGAACAACUACUAUUCCAGCCGCUUCAGCCCGGACAGCCAGUAUUCGGAUAAUAGGAGUGUGAACAGUGCUGGGCCUCAUGCAUUGCAGAGAGCGUCCAGAAUGAACCACCCACCUGAGCAUAUAGACACUCCCCCAAGACUACCUCAUAGUGCACACCCUUCCACCAAGCCACCAUCAGCCCCAGUGCUGGUCCCACAGAAUGUAUUUAGUUCCAGUGCAAGCAGUGGCUAUAACACCAAGAAAGUAGGCAAGCGACUCAAUAUCCAACUUAAAAAAGGAACAGAAGGUUUGGGAUUCAGCAUCACCUCACGAGACGUGACAAUAGGUGGCUCGGCUCCAAUUUAUGUGAAGAACAUCCUCCCCCGAGGGGCUGCCAUCCAAGAUGGCAGACUUAAGGCAGGAGAUAGGCUGAUAGAGGUAAAUGGAGUUGAUUUAGCCGGAAAAUCACAAGAAGAAGUUGUCUCCUUGCUUAGAAGCACCAAGAUGGAAGGGACUGUGAGCCUUCUGGUCUUUCGACAGGAAGAUGCCUUCCACCCAAGGGAACUGAGUGCAGAGCCAAGCCAGAUGCAGGUUCCAAAAGAAACGAAAGCAGAAGAGGAGGAUAUUGUUCUCACACCUGAUGGCACCAGAGAGUUUCUGACAUUUGAAGUUCCGCUUAAUGAUUCAGGAUCUGCUGGUCUGGGUGUCAGUGUCAAAGGCAACCGAUCCAAAGAAAACCACGCAGAUUUGGGAAUCUUUGUCAAGUCUAUUAUUAACGGAGGAGCAGCAUCCAAAGAUGGAAGACUGCGGGUGAAUGAUCAGCUGAUAGCUGUGAAUGGAGAAUCCCUGUUGGGCAAGACCAACCAGGAUGCCAUGGAGACCCUCAGGAGAUCCAUGUCCACAGAGGGAAACAAACGUGGCAUGAUCCAGCUCAUUGUGGCGAGGCGAAUAAGCAAGUGUAGUGAGCUAAAGUCACCUGGGAGCCCCCCUGGACCUGAGCUGCCCAUUGAAACAGUGCUGGAUGAUAGAGAGCGAAGAAUCUCCCAUUCCCUCUAUGGUGGGAUUGAGGGGCUCGACGAAUCACCCACGAGAAAUGCUGCCCUCAGUAGGAUAAUGGGAAAAUACCAGCUGUCCCCCACUGUGAAUAUGCCCCAGGAUGAUACUGUCAUUAUAGAAGACGACAGGCUGCCUGUGCUGCCUCCACAUCUCUCAGACCAGUCAUCCUCCAGCUCCCAUGAUGAUGUGGGGUUUGUGACCUCAGAGGCUGGUCCAUGGGCCAAGGCUGCAGUCACUGAGUCUGCUGACUGCUCUUUGAGUCCAGAUGUUGAUCCAGUACUUGCUUUUCAACGGGAAGGAUUUGGACGGCAGAGUAUGUCAGAAAAACGCACAAAGCAAUUUUCAGAUGCCAGUCAAUUGGAUUUCGUUAAAACGCGAAAAUCAAAAAGCAUGGAUUUAGGUAGCUCCCCCAGCAGAGAUGUGGGUCCUUCUCUGGGUCUGAAGAAGUCAAGCUCAUUAGAAAGUCUGCAGACAGCUGUUGCUGAAGUGACUCUGAAUGGGGACAUUCCUUUCCAUCGACCACGGCCACGGAUCAUCAGAGGAAGAGGUUGCAAUGAGAGCUUUAGAGCUGCCAUUGAUAAGUCUUAUGAUAAACCGGUGGUAGAUGAUGAUGAUGAAGGCAUGGAGACUUUGGAAGAAGACACAGAAGAAAGUUCAAGAUCAGGACGAGAAUCUGUAUCCACAGCCAGUGACCAGCCUUCUCUGGAGAGACAGAUGAAUGGGAACCAAGAGAAAGGGGACAAGGCUGAUAGGAAAAAGGACAAAACUGGAAAAGAGAAGAAAAAAGACAGAGAGAAAGAAAAGGAUAAAAUGAAAGCUAAGAAGGGAAUGCUGAAAGGCUUAGGAGACAUGUUCAGGUUUGGCAAACAUCGAAAAGAUGACAAGAUGGAGAAAACUGGUAGACUAAAAAUCCAAGACUCCUUUACUUCCGAAGAGGAGAGGAUGCAGAUGAAGCAGGAGCAGGAGAGGAUUCAAGCCAAAACUCGAGAAUUUAGGGAGCGCCAGGCCCGAGAGCGUGACUAUGCUGAAAUCCAAGAUUUCCAUCGGACAUUUGGCUGUGACGAUGAGUUGAUGUACGGGGGAAUGUCUUCCUAUGAAGGCUCGCUGGCACUCAGCACCAGACCCCAGAGCCCAAGAGAGGGUCACAUGAUGGACGCUUUGUAUGCCCAGGUGAAGAAGCCAUGGAAUUCCAAAGCUUCACCUGCAGACAGCAACAGAUCAACUCCUAGCAACCAUGAUCGGAUACAGCGUCUGCGGCAGGAGUUUCAGCAAGCCAAGCAGGAUGAAGAUAUGGAAGAUCGGAGACGGACCUAUAGCUUUGAACAACCUUGGCCCAGCUCUCGGCCAGUGGCACAGAGCGGCCGGCACUCGGUGUCCGUGGAGGUUCAAGUGCAGCGCCAGCGACAGGAGGAGCGAGAGAACUUCCAGCAGGCCCAGCGCCAGUACAGCUCACUGCCCAGGCAAAGCAGGAAGAAUACCAACUCAGUCUCCCCGGAUUCCUGGGAGCAGAGUUGUCCCCCAGGUGAAGGUUUCCAGAGUGCCAAGGAAAACCCCAGGUACUCAAGCUACCAGGGCUCCAGGAAUGGCUACCUGGGCGGGCAUGGCUUCAACGCCAGGGUCAUGCUGGAGACCCAGGAGCUGCUCCGCCAGGAACAGAGGCGGAAGGAGCAGCAGAUGAAGAAGCUGCCUCCUCCCGAGGGACCCAGCAAUUAUGACUCAUACAAGAAAGUGCAGGAUCCCAACUACGGCCCUCCCAAGGGACCCUUCCGGCAAGACGUGCCCCCAUCCCCUUCACAGGUUGCCAGGCUGAACAGACUCCAGACUCCUGAGAAGGGGCGGCCCUUCUAUUCCUGAGCAAGAGCGAGGUCAACGGAGGCUCACAUCACACAGUUAAGGACGUUUCCUGGGAAGACUUGUAUUGGGGGAGUUGUUGUUUGUUGUUGUUGUUUUCAAAAUCCUCCAUGGUACUAUGGGAUAGUUCUGUCGUUGGUAUCAGUGCCUUUAAAGCAGUACCGGCAAAGAAUGGAAGGCCUUAACGUCUUUGCCACUAUGACUCAGAGUUUGUUUCUUGGAAAGGUUUCCCACCACUGACAAUCAUCUGUGUGAGGCAUUCUGCAUCUCUGGAGGACAGGAUCUUGGUCCCCUGGCAUCAGAUGGCCCUGGCUUCAUUGCCACAGCUCCUUUUCUGGAAGCUGAGGGUAUUGCUGAUUGCUCCCUUACCCCUUGGCUGCCCUGGCCUAUGAGACAUCAUGGCCAUCUGUGAGGGAUGAACAUGGGCAGUGUACACCAGAAACGGGGGCUCCCUCAUGCUGCACAGCACAGUGGUUUCUAGGACUUUGUAAUCAAUCUGGGUUUCCCUUUUUCCUUUUCAGCUCCUUGUAAAAGGAAAGUUUUAUCAUCCUAUGAAAGAAGCCAAGCCAUAUUCCAGCACCAUUUGGUUAUUGGGGUGGGGGGUGCCUUUUGUAACUGCCUUAUACAUUACCAAUAAAGUGAUGAUUUGAGUCCAUGUUUAUAAACACACUUGUUCUGUCAUGUGCCUGACACGGGCUGAGUCAACGCAGCUCUGUGUAGGGACCUGGGGUGGUUUAGAUGGGGAAAGGACUGGGUGUGCCUGG